UUGACUACAGUGAAAGUGAAAGCUUGUGUGACACGGUUCCGUGUUCACGUCACAGUGCGUUUGUGUGAAAGGCAAAUCAUUGAUUUAUAGCAUAGCGUGAACCAAAACCUCAUACUGACGUGAGUCAAGUCUAAACAGGCAAUUUCAAAGUCUUUCCAAAGUGGAAGCAGAAAAAGCGGCAGGAGAGCUGAAGCGAAGAAAAUACAUAAAAUGGAUGAAGUGGGAGUGAAUGUCAUAGAAACUGCUGCUCUUGGGAGACCCUUCCAGCUGGGGAUGCUGUAUGACUGCAGAAAAGAUGCCCUAGUACCAGGAAUCACACUAUGGGAUAAAGAGCAGCUUCAGCAGAGUAUACUUAGUCAUGCCCAAAUUAAUACAGAUUUCAAUGUCACAGCUUCAGACUCCAUUGAAGAUAAAUCUCACUUACUGAACAUUGAUGGUUCUCUGAAAUUAAGUCUUUUAAGUGGACUUGUCAAUGUGAGAGGAGCAGCAAAAUAUCUCAGCGACACCAAGAAAUCCUUUAAACAGCAAAGACUAACCCUACAUUACCAUUCAACCACCAAGUUUGAAGAACUGACCAUGAACCACUUGGCUUCUGGAAAUAUAACUCACUAUGAAGCCUUUGAUAAUGAUACAGCUACACAUGUGGUGACCGCUGUGCUGUAUGGGGCGAAUGCUUGCUUUGUUUUUGACAGAGAAGUUUCAUCAGAUGAGGACAAAACUACUGUAGACGGUGAAGUAAAAGCUACAUUUGAUAAGCUGAAGGGCAUUUCACUGGGUGCAGAGAUUGAUCUGAACAUGAAUGACAAUCAGAAGACUGCCGUUCAAAAAUUCAGCUGUACAUUUUAUGGUGACUUUCAGUUGCCAUCUAAUCCAACCUCUUUUGAAGAUGCUUUGAAGAUUUUUGCUGAUCUUCCAAAACUGUUAGGAGAGGAGAAAGAACUUGCAGUUCCAUUGAGAGUGUGGCUUUAUCCUUUAGAUAAAUUACACACAAGUGCAGCAAACGUUCAAAAAGACAUCAGCACAGGUCUAAUCAAAGCUGUGGAAUCAGUUUUUGAGAGUUUAAGUACAACCGAAAUGAAAUGCGGCGAUCUUCUGAAGGAGCCACCUGCUUUGUCUUUUGUAGCAUUUCAUUAUCAAAUAAUGCAGAUGAGGGAAAACUGUUGCAGCUAUAAGUUGAGUCUCAUGAAAAAACUUGGCUCUCUGUUGCCAGAAAUCCGUGGGGAUAAGAAAAAGGAAACCGAGUUGAAUGAUCUUCUGCAUGAUCAUAUGGAAUCUCCAUUCAGAGGUCAGGAUCUUGAACAAUGGGUGAAAGAGAAAGAAAAAGAAUCUGCCAUAAUAAAAACAUUAAUCAGACAACUGAAUGAUUAUGGAGCAAAAGUGGAAGUGAAUCUAGAUGAAAUCUUGAUGGAUCUAGAAGUUGAACAUUUGGUUAGCUACACGUUCACAUCAUUUGAGGGUCCAGAUGUGCUCCUUUCUACACAGAAGGACUACUUGAGUCCAAAGGGGCAAAAGAAAGAGAAUUCACCCAGUGCCAAAUGGAUGACUGGGCUUUCCUCUGAUGCCAAAAAGAAUAUGAGGACCAACACGAUUAUAUUUAAAAACCUGAUCAAUUCAAAACAGCGUAAACCAGCCAAAUUUAUUGUCGCAUCAAAAGAAGUGAAAAAUAUUCCAGGUUCCUGCAUUCUCCUUUAUGAUAAUGGAUCUGAUGAAGAUAUUUGCUUUACUCCUCCGUCAAAACCAGCCUGUUGAACAGGU